AUGGACAUUGUCAUACGUGAGGAGGACAUUUCUUUGGCACAAAUUGGCGUCUAUGCCUCUGUGUCCUUCCUCGUUGUUUCGGCUGUUGGGGCAGCCCUGUAUACCACCUGCUCAAAACGCUAUCGCCUGAACUGGUUCGAACAAAAUCUCCUGGAGUCCGCCAACGAAAAGGAUGAGGAUCAGCAGAGGGAGGCUUUGGUUGCCGGUGCCGUGGGCUACAAUGUAGACAACGUGAACGAGGUACCGCGUGGGAAAUACAGCAGCGGAAAUGCCGGUAACCUCAGCCCCACCUCUCUGAAAAGCGAGGACAAUGACCCGGCCUUUUGGGUGCCGGCUUCAGUCACCUCCACGGCAGCCAUCCAGCAACAAGUGUCCAAUACCACCGAGGAGUCGGCACCGCCCACACCAACAUCACCCACCGGGAGCCUGAAGUCAAACACCUUGUCCUACUGUUCCACCACCUCCGUGCCAAUCGCGAGAUCUGAUAAGCAUGUGGUUCUGGCCAUGCAUCCGAGCCGUCCCAGAGUUUCCUCCAUGAACGCCAAGCUGGAUCACACCAAAAUCGACAUGACCUUGUAUAGGAGUCAUUCCCAGCCGAAGACCCUCAAUCCAGUUUCACUCAACGAAGUUCGGGGUAAUUUGCAUGUGAGCCUCGGCUACGAUCCAGUUGGUGGAUUGCUAAAUGUUCGACUCCUGGAGGCCCAGAAUCUGCAACCGAGACAAUUUAGUGGAACUGCCGACCCAUAUGCUAAAGUUCGCUUGCUGCCGGAUAAGAAGAACUUUUGGCAGACGCGUAUACACAAGAGGACCCUGAAUCCAGUUUUCGACGAGCAGUUUGUUUUUGAGGUAACAGCCGGAGUAAUUGACAAGCGUACUGUGGAAAUUUUACUGUACGACUUUGACGCUUAUUCCCGGCACGUUUGCAUCGGAGGAAGUAAGCUACAUUUGGCCAACUUGGAUCUCAGUGAGCAGUUGAAACUUUGGACUCCUCUAAGUUCUGCCUCGGCCCAAGAUAUGAAAGUGGAUUUGGGCGAUAUAAUGGUGUCCCUGGCCUAUUUGCCAUCAGCGGAACGUUUGAUGGUCGUUCUCAUCAAGGCACGAAACCUGCGGAUUGUCGACGAUGCCCGGAACUCCUCGGACCCUUAUGUAAAGGUAACCCUCCUCGGUCCCGGUGGCAAAAAGAUAAAGAAACGCAAGACGGGCGUUCAAAGGGGCACCCUGAACCCAGUCUACAAUGAGGCACUUGCUUUCGAUGUGGCCAAGGAGACUUUAAAAAACUGUGUACUCGAAUUCACCGUGGUCCACGAUGGCCUAUUGGGAUCAAGUGAAAUAUUAGGACGAACUCUCAUUGGAAACUCUCCCGAAGUACGCACCGAGGAGAAAAUAUUUUUUGAAGAAGUUUUUCGCUCCAAAAAUGCUACGGCUCAAUGGGUUCCACUGCAAGAACCGGCAAACAAUUUGGCCACAGUAGCCAAAAGUUCAAAGAACUAGAGUUCCGUAUUUUUGUAAAGGUAUUUUUCCAGUAUUUCCACAGAUGCCAUCCUAGUUUCCAACGAUGUGUGUGUACUGGUUUCCUGGCGAUAAAAAAUACCGAAAUAUCCGUUUGCCGUGUUCUCAAAAGGAACAUCGAUGGUGGCUGUCUUGGAUGCGUGUAGAAAUGUGAAUGAAGUGAAUUUCCAAACCUUCUUUGGAUUAGCACUAACAUGUUAAUAACAUUAAAAGAUUCUGUAAUGCGAAAGAAUCACUUCUAAAAAAAAUAUUUAUAUAUAUUAUUCUGUAUAUAAAUACAUAAUAUCUAUAUAUAUUACGCUUAAACGAUCGGAAAAUAACAUAUUUAAAACUUCCUCUUUUCUCCGAGCGAGCUUUUGCAAUUAACUCUUUAAACUUGAAAAUAUAAUUUUUUACACGGCAUUUGAAUUCGUACAUCAAAAAUAAGACGAAUGAAUCAAAUACCGACGGUGGAAAUUGGGAAACCGUUUUUAAAUUUAUGAAAGCAUUAUGAAAAUUGUAAUGGUCUUUUCUUUAUAUUCGCGUAAGCUACUCCUAUUAUUGUGAAUAUUCCGACACAAGUAUAUCAUAUAAAUAAUGUAUAACAAGAAAUUGGCGACUUAUUAAUCAAAAAAAUUUAUGAAAUAAGGGAACUUGCAGGGAUACGUAAUAAGAAGGAUAUAGAGUCGAAACAGAGUGUCACAAUUAAUCAAUAAUAGUGUCAAACGAGGUCAAAUAUAACUCAAUGAAUGUGCUUUGUACGGUAUCAAUUAAAAGGAAAAUAUAUAUUUAAUAAACAUUUUAUGUGUCGGAAAUGUCAAGAUGUACCUAAAAUAUAAAUUAUUACCGUGAGCAAAUUACUGAAACAAUAUAGAACGCAAGUAAUGAAUUUUAAAAUAUUUUUUUUUUUAUUUUAAGUUACGAAAUGGUUUCAGGGCACAGAGGGCACAAAAGUAAUAGAAUUAUAGUUUUAUUUCUCGCAUUAUACAAAUUUGUUGAGAUUAUAUAUGCACAGAAGG